AACUCUGGUGGUGACGCCGCCGUUGAGUUGUCCGCCGUGUCCGAUAAGGUAUAUUUAUCGACUCGCACGGGCACGUGGAUAUCAUACAGAGUGGGUCCCAAUGGAAAGCCGUUUGACAGCAGUUUUAUCCGGCGUUACAUAAACUUCUUCAUGCAGUUCCUGCCCUACGGUAUGAUCUGUUCCGUAAUGGAAUGGUAUGUUAACAACCGGUUCGACCAUCACGACUACCAACUAAAGCCCAAACACCGGUUCCUAUCGCAACAUAUUAUGGUUAACGACGCCCUCCCCAACCGCAUACUGUCCGGUACUGUCGUUGUUAAGCCAAAUAUAGACAGGUUUACACCCAAUGGGAUCAUAUUUAAAGGCGAAAGUCAAGAGACUCCGUGCGAUGUCGUACUACUGGCCACCGGCUAUAAAGUGUCGUUCCCUUUCAUAUCUCAAUCGCUGAUACCCACCGACAAGAAUCAGGUGGAGCUCUAUAAGUACAUGUUCUCACCCAAGUUGGCCCACCCAAAGACACUGGCGUUCAUAUCGCUGGCCCAACCCGUGGGCGCACUGUUACCCAUCGGGGAGAUGGAGUCGCGUUGGUUCGCCCAACUGAUGGCCAAUAAGCUAUCCCUACCGGACAGGCAGACCAUGUAUGAGGACAUCGAGAGUAAGCGAAUAUUCAUGAAACGCUUCUACGAGAGCGAUAGGCAUACCAUUCAAGUGGAUUGGCUCGACUUUAUGGACGAGUUGGCCGCACAGGUAGGCGUCAAACCGCCGCUAUUCAAGUAUUUCUUUACCGACCCGGAGCUGUGGCGGGCACUGGCCUUCGGACCCUCCCUUCCCUUGGACCGCAUAAAAUCGCCGCUUAAGACGAGAUUACCGGACAGUCGUAAACGCCGGGGCACUAAAAGUUUGCUGAAUAUCACCCGAUUCGUGGGACUCAUACUAUUCAUGAUAUUCGCCUACCUACUUAACCUAAUCCUAUGA